AUGCUUAAGUCAGCUAAGGAUGGUGAAAUUAGCAGAGUAACAGUAAAAGGAAGUGAAAGUGGGAGGUUUGCACAAAGUUUCGAUGUAGAAUUUUGUGCAAGUUGCUGUGGUGGACACAUGUCUUGGAGAUUAGGUUUGGCAAUUAAGCCCUUCGGCAGUCGGGAGCUUCGGCAGGUGUCUGGCACCUUAGAAGAGUGUCUUCCUUUGGCAGGGAAGAAGGCAUGUUUGCCUUGA